AUGCCGCUUCCUGUGGACAACCUGGAUGAGCUGCACAGCCUGAAGGUGGAUGGCCUUUAUCCCGACACUCGCAAAGAUGAAGUGUGGGACUUCUUCAGGAAGUGUGGGAGGAUUGGCGAUGUUUACCUUCCACGAGACCAUUCCUCCCAGAAGAACAGAGGCUUUGCUUUCGUCCGUUUCUACGAUCGCCGCGAUGCCGAGAUGUGUGUGCAGGACGG